GUGGCCCUAAAAAAACAAAAAACAAAACAAAACGAAAAACUGUGGGAUAAGAAAAACUCUGUAAAGAGGCAAUUCUAAAUAUUCCAAAAAUAUGAGGCUGGAUUGGUGGCAAGACAGGCAACGGAGUUGCUGUUCGGAGUAUGCUGUUGGGGGCUGCGUCCAGUCUGCCUACUCCUAAAGCAAGUCCACCUCUAAGGGCACCAAGUAGGGCCCCUCGCCUUCAUCCUUACGUUCUUGUCCUCUAACCACAGAUGCCAGGUCUGAUCCAGCUGACCAUCAACUUCUCAGGCUGUGUCUCUCAUAUCCCUGAACCUAGCCGAUGAAAUAGUUAUUCAUGAUUCCAUCAGAAUUGAAAAAGGGCCAGGAGUGGAGAAAUGGAGAUAUUCUUAAUUUAGUCAUGGAGGGGGCUGCUGGGGAUCCAAGCCCCUCUGCUGGUGUGAUUGGGAAGAACAUUUUUAUGCUCUUAGAACUUAAUCACUAAAGGAGUGUUGCCUGUAAGUUUUAAUUAUACAUAAUGGCCCACCUCUGGGAACCCUGCCUCCCAAGUAAUACGCCUUGAGCUAAAAUACCUGUGUUUAGCUUGCAGGAAACUUCCUGAUGGGGUCCACCUGUGAGGGACUUCAGGGAGGGAGAAAUUAACACCCCCCCACCCCCACCCCCAAGGCUGGUGGGAACCAGGAAAUGCUUGACUUUAUGCCCUCUCCUUUUAGUAUGAAAGAAGCCUGAAUUCUGAUGCAGGCAAGAUGGUUCUUUGGGGCACCAGUCUCUCAUCUUCUUGGGCUGCUGGCUUUCCCGAUUCUUUGCCCCAACAAUGCAUCUCUCAACCUGCCUGUCCUGCAGGGAGCAGUAUGAGCUUGGACUUGGUAACACUGGCUGCACCACAGCCCUCGCCUUCAGGUUCUUUUCUUCUUGCUUUGUGACAGCAGUGGGAGUGCCAGUGCGGUGACAGUGCUGUUCUCACCUAACCCACGGCAGAGAAGGGAACAACCACGUUGCACGCAGACACCCUCCUCAGGGGAGCACAGGGCUGGGAGGCACCCAGUCUCUCCUCCUUCGUUCCCCUGGGCUCCGUGUCUUCGAGGAAGCAACACCAGUAGCUCGGACCUGGGCGGACUUUCAGGGAACAUGCAGCCAGUCCUGCUCUCAUUGGCCUUUCUUCUGUCCCCUAGGCUGGGAUGGGGCCUCAAAGGCUGGCAGGAGGAAGCACAGGCAGCAACCGACUGGGCAGCCCUCCCGGGAACAUGCAGCCACUCCUGCUCCUGGUGGCCUUGCUCCUGCCACCUGGGGCUCGGGCAGGGGAGAUCAUCGGAGGCCAAGAGGCCAGGCCCCAUUCCCGCCCCUACAUGGCGUAUAUGCAUUUCCAAAGUGCACAGGGUCAAAAAACUUGUGGAGGGUUCCUGGUGCGAAAAGACUUUGUGAUGACAGCAGCUCACUGCUUCGGAAGGCAAACAGUUGUCAUCUUGGGAGCCCAUAACAUCAGGAGGUUUGAACGGACCCAGCAGCGUAUAUCUGUGCUCAGAGCCAUCCCCCACCCCAGAUACAAUCCGUACAAUCACCUGAACGAUAUCAUGUUACUUCAGCUGGCAAACAGAACCAGACAAAAUCGAUUCGUCAGGCCAGUGGCUCUGCCUCGGACCCAAGCCAGGCUGAGUCCUGGGGCCCGGUGCACUGUGGCCGGCUGGGGCCUGGUGAGCCUGAGCAGGAGAACAGACACACUCCAGGAAGUGCAGCUCACAGUGCAGAGGGAUGGGGAGUGCCACCGACGCUUCGAUCACUACAACGGCCGGAUACAGAUGUGUGUGGGGGAUCCAAGGGAGAGAAAGUCCGCCUUCUUGGGGGACUCCGGAGGGCCCCUCGUGUGUGGCCGGGUGGCCCAGGGCAUUGUCUCCUAUGGAAACAGACAGGGGACACCCCCAGCAGUCUUCACCAGGGUUUCCAGCUUCCUGCCCUGGAUAAGGAGAACAAUGAGUCGCUUUCAACAGCGGGGCCAGGCUGAGAUCCCCCUGUGAUUGACUGUCCUUCUCUGGGGCAGAGGCCAGCUCCAGGGCACUUCCAGAGGCUUAAUAAAUGUCCACAUCUAGAGUGGAA